AUGGUGCGCUCUAACGUGAAAACCCCGCCCCCUGAAAAGAAUGAACAUGCCGCCGAGGCUUUAAAAAAGAAAGUAAGCACCAUAAAUCAUCUUGCACAUUGUGAGUUUAACGCAACUCGUUCUCCCCGACCCCUGCAUAGUAUGAGUGACCCACGUAACAUACACAUUGAUCAUGAUUCCACUGCGCCUUUGCUUACGUGGAGGGUCUACCCCUAUCAGGACACACACAUAUCCCCCUGUUCAUUUCACAAGGACGCAGGGAAAAAUGUUUUUGAAACCCUGCACAAUUUGUUCCUAGAAGAAAAGGAGAGUAACAGACGGAAGCAUGAAGAUCUGUCCGAGCAUAUAGACAAAAUGAAGGCAUAUUUUGAUGAAAAAAUAAACUCCCUUAAGGAUAACACACAUGAAAAUCUGGAGGAGUUAAAAUAUUACCUGGACCAGUUAAACAGAAACAAUAAAGAUAAAGCAACGGACAACAGCAGCUUCGUGGAGGAGUUCGAAAUUGUAAAGAGUGAUGUGAACAAAUUGAAGAAGGAGAAGGAGGAAAAUAUAAAUCUCAUCAAAACGAGCAUGCGGACUUACUUCGACAAAAUAAAGGGGAUGCUAAGCGUAAUGAACGCAAACAUAGAGAGAGUUAAGGAGGAGCUACGGACUUAUAAGGAAAACAAUCAAAUAGACAAUAAAAAAAAAAACAUCGAAAUUUUGCAGCUGAUAAACGAAGAAAACGAGGCACUGAACAAAAAGAUGGAGGAGUCGCUCAACUUGCUAAGCAGCGACAUAUGCGAAGCCAAACAGCAGAUCAUCAACUUUAAGGAGCACAUGGAAAACCAAGUAAAAGACAUAAAAAACGAGAUAGAUACGAAUAAAAGAGAAGUGAACGAGAAAACUAACGAACUGACUAUCAAUCAGAAGAGACUGCUGAACGAUUUUUAUCCUUCCGAAAUGGGAUAA